AUUCGGGUGUCAGUUGUGUCAACCCUCUGCCACGAUGAUCAGAAAAGUUGUGUUCUUAGCCCUAGUGGCAAUAGUAGUGGGCGGUCGAGCCCCCAACGCCGACAAGUUGGAAAGCCUCAAGAAGACUCCGUUGGGGUCCAAGAUUUCCGACGAGGUCUAUAAUGAUGCCCUGCUAGAUGUGCCCGGGUUAAUAGCCAAGCAUGGCUACCCAGCAGAAACUCACACCGUGGAGACCUCUGAUGGGUACAUCAUCCAAGCUCACCGCAUCCCUCACGGCAGGGACAGGAACAACCAACCCGGGCCCAGGCCUGUUAUCUUCCUCAUGCAUGGCCUGCUGUCAUCGUCUGCCGAUUAUGUCGUGUUGGGAGCUGAAAAUGCUCUAGCAUACAUCCUGGCCGAAGAAGGCUACGACGUAUGGAUGGGCAACGCCCGUGGCAACUUCUACUCCCGUAACCACAACAGACUCAACCCCGAUAGAAACACCAGCUUCUGGCUUUUCAGUUGGGAAGACAUAGGCCUCUACGAUAUCCCCGCAUUUGUGGACUAUAUCCUCAACCUUACUGGGGAGUCCAGAAUGCAGUACGUCGGCCAUUCUCAAGGAGGGACCGUGUUCUUCGUCCUCAACUCUCUGAAGCCUGAAUACAAUGAGAAGUUUAUCUCGUUCCAUGGUCUAGCUCCUGCCGCCUUCUUCACUUACAAUGAGAACCCUAUGUUCACCAAAUUGGCACAAUACGAAAAAGUUCUCGAGACUAUGGCACUGGCGAUAGGCCUGGGUGAAAUUGGAACCCAGGAGCAGUACCAAUUUCUGUCCGGGCUCCUGUGUGGCCAGGGAACUCCCGAGGCGUCUUGCCUCGAGAAUAUUGCUGGCACACCCAUCUUUGAGAAUGUUGAUCCGGACAUGAUCCCACUACUGACGUCACACGCUCCAGCGGGCGCGUCUAUCAGACAAGUCGCCCACUAUGGCCAAGGCAUUGCCAGGGACACUUUCGCCCGCUUCAACCACAACGCCAUUACCAACCUAAUUCUCUACGGCACCAGAACACCACCAGAGUUUGACCUCUCCAAAAUCACCGUGCCCAGCUAUUUAUACUACGGUCUUAAUGACAACGAAGUUGACUACAGGGAUCUUUAUAAACUGGCUACCAAGCUGAAUACCAUUGAAAUGAUCAGGUUGGAAAGAGAGACUUUUAACCACUUUGAUUUUAUUUGGGGCAAGGAGGUCAGGACCGAACUCUAUGAUGGUCUACUUAAGAGGUUGAGAGAAUCUGAAGCUAAAUUAUUGUAAAUUUUAGUUUCUAGCUUUUAUAAAAAUAUAUAUUUAAUUAUGCAUAUCAAUUAUGGUUUAUCAAACAUAUCUACUGGUCAAUUGUAUUUUUAAUGCUAGGUAUAGGUAGCAUAUUUAUACUACUCUACGGUCUUAGUGACAACGAUGUUGACUACAGGGAUCUUUAUAAACUAGCUACCAAGCUGAAUACCAUUGAAAUGAUCAGGUUGGAAAGAGAGUCUUUUAACCACUUUGAUUUUAUUUAGGGGGGGGGGGGGUUAAUACAUAUAUUAUGUAUAUAUCAUGCAGAAAAAAACUUUUUUUUUAUUCUCUCGUGCGCUCGAAAGUGACUGUCAAUGCCAAACUUUGUAUUGAACACCCGGUCACAUUGGACGCGCAGAAUAGCUGUCCAUCCGAGUUGAAAGCGUAACUAUAGAUGGGUUUGGAACGAUCCUUGCAUGUUUGGCGUGUAGUUAUGAUAGGUAUAUAAUGUAUUGUACAUCUGUGAUGAAUUUUAUUACUAGGAAUUUAUUAAUAAAAAUAUCCUUUGUAUAUAGACUAACUAGUAGAGUGAGGCAUUUCUAGGUCAAUGAUAAAAUUAGCGAUCGAUUUAAUACAUUUUGUCGAAAUCGAUAAGUUUGUUUUUUUCCGUAACAUGCGUGGCACGUGAUGUUGUUCUUACUAUUUUGAUAGAACGCCACGACUUAUUUGGGUCCACAUUUAGCACCAAUCGACAAAACGACAUUAUUAUAUCAAUCGAUAAAAUGACCGUUACAAAAUUUUAUCACGUUGCGUAUAUUAGCCCUACAGGCGAGAUGAUGGUCAAAGGCAGACUCAUUUUUAAUAAAAUACCAAUAAGAAAGUAACCUUAUGAGCAAGUUCGGUGAAUUCACAUAAUUAUUUACAAUAAAAGCUUUAUUUCAUUA